AAUGCGCAUGCGUUGUUGUGAAAGCGGCACUGGGCUGUAACAACAGCUUGACACGAGACUGAUGCUGACAAUGAUUCAUCGGCGGAUUUCUCUGGCUGAACUGUGAACGCAGAGAGCGCCACAUGGAGGCAGUGCUGAUAAACUUAGCGAAGACGGCGGAGCUGCUAGCUGUAGCCUCGCACAGCAGUGUGGUGGAUCAGUGGGAUAAACAAACUCUGACCCGAGCUUUUCACUGGGCACGGUACUGCGAAAACCUCUUUUCUAGGUUUCAACAUAACCCCACCAUAAGGAGGAUUAUGGAGAAGCAGCUGCAGGUCACAAAUGAAAGUUUAGGAGCCGUUUUUCCUUCAUACACCGAUGUCUCCUUCUCGGAUCUCUCUCGAUGUCAGCACUUGUUGCUUGAUGGACUGUUAAACAAUCCUGUCCUACCAGUCUCCAUCAUUAAGAUACUUUUUGACACUGUUGUUCCUCUUAACACCAAAGAGAGUGAGGAUCAGGAUGUUACCGGCUUUUGCAGCCAAAUAAUCCAGUGCAAAUCAGCCUGUAAACUCCUGAGUCCUCUCACAGACCUGUCAUCUGUGGGUGCUGAGGCUGAGGUGCAGGGGGUGAUGCUGAUGGAGAGGCUGGGAGCUCUUUUGAGCCAAGGCAGUGAUGCAUGCCACACACAGCGCUUUCUGGACUCUGUUGUCCAGGGACAUGAAGGACAAGCUGAACACCUCUGUCUGGUCAUCACUGCAGCUCUGCUGAUAACAAAAAACUCACAAACUGCAUCACAGGAUUUUCUCUUGGACUGGCUGUGGGGGAAGCACAGACUGCUGCAGCACAUGUGCUCUGCAUUACCCAUUAUUCAGCUAACAAACCUGGCCAAAAAACAUCAGAAGUUUAAAGACUUGUACUGGGACAUACUGAAGAAGUGGGCCUCUUAUAUGGAGUACAAUGUAACUGAAGGUGAAUGGGUUCAAACCAGCACAAACCAAACCACUGUGUCCUAUCAGAAACUAAUAGAGCAUUUUAGGGCGUUGUUUACAGCCAGCCCCUCUCUGAGGGAGGAUGUGGGAAAAGAGCUACAUGCACUGAAAAUUUCUGAUGGAGACUUCGAUGUCAGAGGUCUGAGUGUUUGGGGAGACCUUCUGUCAGUAUUAAACAGCUGACUGUCAGUAUUUUUUUAUUUAAAGCUGUAAUGUUCACAUCUGUUAAUGUCUUAGUGCUGUAUUUGUGGAGAACUGGUUAUUAAAGCACAUUACUUUCCUAAUACUAAAUCAAAUGUGUCAGAAGCAGCAGUUAUUGAAAGCAGCUAAGACUAUGUGUUGUCUCUACUAGUUCAUAUAUUCCUAUCAUUCAAUGGUUUC